AUGCAAGAAGGUCGCAGUGGUAAUUGGGAAAAGGUCGGUGAGACCAAGGGAACAGACUUCAAGGUCAAAGAUCUCAAAGAGCAUGGAGAAUACAAGUUCCGUGUCAAAGCAGUCAAUGAAUGUGGAGUAUCCGAUCCUCUCACCGGAGAAACCGUACUCGCCAAAAACCCCUAUGGAGUCCCGGGCAAACCAAGAAACAUGGAUGCAAUUGACAUCGAUAAAGAUCAUUGCACUUUGGCCUGGGAGCCACCAGAGGAAGAUGGCGGAACUCCAAUCACUGGAUAUAUUAUUGAGAGACGCGAGAAAUCGGAAAAAGAUUGGCAUCAAGUCGGACAAACCAAACCGGAUUGUUGUGAGUUAACCGACAAAAAAGUUGUGGAAGACAAAGAAUAUUAUUAUCGCAUCAAAGCGGUGAACAAAGCUGGACCUGGAGAUCCGUGUGAUCAUGGAAAACCAAUCAAGAUCAAGGCGAAGAAGGCUGCACCGGAAUUCACUGCUGGUGGCAUCAAGGAUCUUCGUUUGAAGGUUGGCGAGACAAUCAAAUAUGAUGUUCCGAUCUCUGGGGAACCACUUCCUGAAGUGACCUGGAUUGUCAAUGGAAAACCGCUGAAACCAGUUGGCCGUGUGAAAAUGACGACAGAACGUGGGAAGCAUAAGAUGAAGAUUGAGAAUGCGGUGCGCGGCGAUUCUGGAAGUUACUCGAUCACUUUGAAAAACAAUUCUGGAAGUGUCGAAUCAUCAGCAACUGUGACAGUUGUUGGAAGACCAACCCCACCCAAAAGGCCCUCUUGAUAUCACUGAUGUUUGUGCAGAUGGUGCAAAACUGGCGUGGAAUCCUCCAGAAGAUGAUGGCGGAGAUCCGCUAACUGGAUACAUCGUCGAGGCCCAGGACAUGGAUAACAAGGGAAAAUAUAUUGAAGUUGGUCGGGUUGACCCGGGGACCACCGAGCUCAAAGUAUCCGGUCUUCGCAACAAGGGCAACUACAAAUUCCGCGUCAAAGCGGUCAACAAUGAGGGAGAAUCCGAACCAUUGAGUGCCGAUCAAUAUACACUCAUCAAAGAUCCGUGGGAUGAACCAGGAAAGCCAGGGCGGCCCGAGAUCACCGAUUUCGAUGCGGAUCGAAUUGAUAUCGCUUGGGAUCCACCGCAUAAAGAUGGCGGGGCUCCGAUUGAGGAAUAUAUUGUUGAAGUCAGAGAUCCGGAUACCAAAGAAUGGAAGGAGGUCAAAAGAGUUCCAGGUAGAUUUGUUUUGGAUCUUGUGGAUCAAAAAAAUUUUAUUUCAGAUGCGAAGGCUUCAAUUGGCGGUUUGAAGGAGGGCAAGGAAUAUCAGUUCAGAGUGAAGGCUGUGAACAAAGCUGGACCUGGACAACCAUCCGAACCUUCGGAGAAACAAUUGGCCAAGCCGAAAUUCAGUGAGUUUGAAAAAAAGAAAAAAAUUUAGUCCGCAGGGGGGUUCGAACCUAUGCUCUACAAAUAAUAGGCCACCACGCAAACCACUCGGCCAUUUUGCUGUGUUUUUAAUUUAGCAAAAAGCGCUCGAAUUGUGAAUUUUCGAGAUUUUUUACGGUUAUGGGACUAUUCAAGUUGAUUUUCUACAGCGCUGAGAAAAGCGAAAAAAUUUAGUCCGGAGGCGGGGUCGAACCUAUGCUUCACAAACAGUAGGCAGCCACGCAAACCACUUGACCAUUUUGCUGUUUUUAUUUUAAAACAGGCGCUCGAAUAGUGAAUUUUUGAUUUUUUACAGUUAGAAAUUCAACAAAAAAAAAGAAAAGAAAAAAAUUUAGUCCGCAGGUGGGGUCGAACCUAUGCUUUACAAACAGUAGGCAGCCACGCAAACCACUCGGCCACUUUGCUGUGUUUUUAUUUAGCAAAAAGCGCUCAAAGUGCGAAUUUCCGAUUUUUGCCGUUCAAAGUACACAAGUUACAAUUCGAAAUUCUACAAAAAAAAAAAAUUAGUCCGCAGGCGGGGUCGAACCUGUGCUUCACAAACACUAGGCAGCCACACAAACCACUCGGCCAAACUGCUUUUUUUUAUUUUAAAAGAGGCGCUUGAAUUGUGAAUUUUCGAUUUUUGCCGUUCACACAAGAUUCAGUAAAAAUAUAUUUUAAAAAAAUUUACUCACGCAGGCGGGGUUCGAACCUGUGCUUCACAAACACUAGGCAGCCACACAAACCACUCGGCCAUUUUGCUGUUUUUUAUUUUGAAAAAAGCGCUCAAAUUGCGAAUUUCCGAUGAUUUUUUACGGUUACAAUUCGAAAUUCUAAAAAAAAAAAAUAUAAAAAAUUCAGUCCGCAGGUGGGGUCGAACCCGCAACCCUCGAAACAAAGAUGUAGACGCUACCCGCCUACACCGUUUCAGCUUUUUUGGCUCCACGUGGAGCUCAGAAGCUGAUUUUUAGAGCAUUUUGAUCAGCUCGCCGAGUUCUACAAAACCUCUAACAAAAUCCCUGGUUUUCAGUUCCCGCCUGGUUGAAACACGAGAAUUUGAAGAGCAUCACAGUGAAAGCCGGCGCAACAGUUCGUUGGGAAGUCAAAAUCGGCGGCGAACCGAUUCCCGAAGUCAAAUGGUUCAAAGACGCCAAACAACUCGAGAACAAUAUUCAAUUAUCGAUUGACACUCGCAAAAAUGAGCAUACAAUUCUUUGUAUUCCAUCAGCUGUCAGAUCGGAUGUUGGAGAAUAUCGAUUGACUGUCAAGAACUCACAUGGCGCUGAUGAGGAAAAGGCUAAUCUAAUUGUCCUAGACAAACCAUCAAAACCAAAUGGACCGCUGGAAGUCACCGAUGUCUUCGAGGAUAAUUGCAAUUUAGCCUGGAAGCCACCAGAUGAUGAUGGCGGUGAGCCAAUUGAAUAUUAUGAAGUGGAGAAAUUGGACACAGCAACUGGAAGAUGGGUUCCCAUGUGCUAAGGUUAAGGAUACUAAGGCACAUAUCGAUGGAUUGAAGAAGGGUCAAACUUAUCAAUUUAGAGUUAAGGCUGUUAACAAGGAAGGUGCUUCGGAUGCUUUGACAACUGAAAAGGAGACCAAGGCUAAGAACCCUUAUGAUGAGCCUGGGAAGACUGGAACUCCUGAAGUUGUUGACUGGGAUGCUGAUCGUGUAUCCCUUGAAUGGGAACCACCAAAAUCCGAUGGAGGAGCACCGAUUACACAGUAUGUUAUCGAGAAGAAGGGCAAGCACGGAAGAGAUUGGCAAGAAUGCGGGAAGGUUUCGGGCGAUCAGACGAAAUGCCGAGAUUCUUGGGCCUCAAGGAGGGUGAAGAGUAUCAAUUCAGAGUGAAGGCGGUGAACAAGGCCGGGCCGGGAGAGGCUUCGGAUCCGAGUAGGAAGGUUGUGGCGAAGCCGAGAAACUUGAAACCGUGGAUUGAUCGAGAGGCGAUGAAGACGGUUACGAUCAAAGUGGGAAAUGAUGUGGAAUUCGAUGUUCCGGUUCGAGGAGAGCCGCCGCCGAAGAAGGAGUGGAUUUUCAAUGAGAAACCGGUUCAGGACGACAAGAUCAGGGUGAGUUUUAGGGGGGUGGGGUGCAGAGAAGCUAGACAAUUCGGGUUGACGGGCAGGUUAGAGACGUAGAGGAAGAUACACUCGCUCCGCCUCGAACCGCUUACGCGGAAUUUUCCGGGAGAUAGCUAGAGAGAAUAGGAUUUGGAGAGAGUGCAGAGAAGCUAGACAGCUAGAGAGUAUGAAAAAUGAGAGACACAGAGAAAUUAGACACUUUGAGAUGACGAGAAGGUUAGAGACGCAGAGGGAGAUACACUAGAGAGUAUAGGAUUUGGAGAGAGUGCAGGGAACUAGAAGAGCUAGAGAGUACAGAGAAACUAGACAGCUAGAGACGCAGAGGGAGAUACACUCGCUCCGCUCGAACCGCUUACGCGGAAUUUUCCGGAAGAUGGCUAGAGAAAAUAGGAUUUGGAGAGAGUGCAGAGAAACUAGACAAUUCAGGUUGACGAGAAAGUUAGAGACGCAGAGGGAGAUACACUAGAGAGAAAAUUUAUGUAAAAAGUUUUGGACAAUACAUUCUCACGUAAAAAUUAAAAAUAAAUUUCACGUGAAAAAUUUUCCGAAAAAAAAAAUUUCACGUGAAAAUUUUGAGAAGGUUAGAGACGCAGAGAAACUAGAGAGGCGUAGAGGGAUUUACAUUAGAGAGAAUGAGAUUUGGAGAGAGUGCAGAGAAGCUAGACAAUUAGAGAUAACGAGAAGGUUAGAGACGUAGACACCAUUUUCAUCCCCCGAUUUUUUGCAGAUCGAAUCCGAAGACUACAAAACCCGCUUCGUUCUUCGUGGCGCGUCCAGAAAACACGCCGGCCUUUACACAUUGACCGCCACCAACGCCUCAGGAACCGACAAACAUUCAGUCGAAGUUAUUGUUCUCGGAAAACCAACCUCACCUCUCGGCCCAUUAGAAGUCACCAACAUUUAUGAGGACAAAUGCGACUUGGAGUGGAAAGUUCCAGAAGACGAUGGCGGUGUGCCAAUCGAUCAUUAUGAAAUCGAAAAGAUGGAUUUGGCCACAGGAAGAUGGGUUCCAUGUGGAAGAAGUGAAACAACCAAGUGUCAAGUUCCUAAUCUCGUUCCAGGACAUGAAUACAAAUUCCGAGUUCGUGCUGUGAACAAGGAAGGCGAAUCCGAUCCAUUGACAACGAAUACAGCGAUCCUUGCCAAGAAUCCAUAUGAGGUUCCGGGCAAAGUCGAAAAACCUGAGCUCAUUGAUUGGGAUAAGGACCAUGUUGAUCUUCAAUGGUCCCCACCAGCCGAUGAUGGCGGUGCGCCGAUUGAAGGAUAUCUGAUCGAGAAGAAGGAUAAGAAUGGGCGAUGGGAGGAGGCAAUGGUUGUCCCGGCUGAUGCCACAACUGCCACUGUUUCGAAUCUCAAAGCUGGGGAAGAAUAUCAAUUCCGGAUUUCAGCCAAGAAUAAAGCUGGAACUGGAGAAGCAUCUGAUCCAUCGGAUCGUGUCAUCACUAAACCAAGAAAUCUCGCACCUCAUAUUCAUCGAGAAGAUCUUUCGGAUACUGUGAUCAAAGUUGGGCAAUCUCUCAAGUUCACAAUUCAUAUUGAUGGUGAACCGGUGCCAGAUGUCAGUUGGCAAUUUAAUGGAAAAGGUAUUGGUGAAAGCAAGGCGCAGAUUGAGAAUGAGGAUUAUAUUUCAAAGUUCAAUUUGGUUAAGGCAACAAGGAAGCAGAGUGGAAGUUAUACGAUUACUGCCACAAAUAAAAAUGGAAGCGAUUCGGUUACAAUUCAAAUCAAGGUAGGUUUUCAAUGCGAAAAUUUUUUUUUUUUUUUUUUUUUUUGACAAAAAAAUUAUAUACCGUAGUUGUUUCGUCGCGACGAGACACACAUCUUUCAAAAAUCGAUGCGCCUUUGAUUCACAACGAGAAAUUCAACUUGAGAAAAAUCAAUUAGAACUAAUUUUGCUCGAUUUUCGUAAUUUUCAACGGAAAAAAUCGGUUUUUUCUUUCCCGCACAAAUCAAAAUUUUGAUUCGGGCGUGAAUUUAAAAUUUCCAAAAAAAUUUUUUUUGUGCUCAAAAUGCUCCAAAUUUCUCGCAGUUUCCAAUUUUUGUUCUGAAAAUCAGGCCUAGGCUUAUCCGGACUCUAAAAAUCCCAAAUUUCGACCUAGUCUCGGAUGUUUGCUAGGCCCGGCCUUUUUCAGAUUUUCCAAAAAUCUGAAACUUUUUAAACAUAGUUAGGCUAUCUCCAUUCUUCGAUUUCUCCCUUUUUUUUCAUGCAGAAACAUCAAAAACCCGAAAAAAACAAAAAAAACCGUAGUUUUUGAAAGGCGCAACAGCAAAAACUCACACAGGGUCUCGUCGCGAAAGAACUACGGUAUAUAAUUUUUUUUCGAAAAAAAUAAUAUUAGGAUAAUUCUAUAUAAUCUUUAAUUUCAGGUCAAGAGCAAGCCAACCAAACCAAAAGGUCCGAUUGAAGUAAGCGAAGUUUUCGAAGAUCGCGCAACUCUGGAUUGGAAACCACCAGAGGAUGAUGGCGGCGAGCCAAUCGAGUUCUACGAAAUCGAAAAAAUGAACACCAAGGAUGGAUUGUGGGUUCCAUGCGGUCGAUCCGGUGACACACACUUCACAGUCGAUUCGUUGAACAAGGGCGAUCAUUACAAGUUCAGAGUCAAAGCUGUGAACAGUGAAGGCGCCUCAGAUCCCCUUGAGACGGAGACCGAUAUUUUGGCAAAGAAUCCAUUCGAUCGACCGGAUCGACCAGGUCGACCAGAGGCAACUGACUGGGAUUCGGAUCAUGUGGAUCUCAAGUGGGAACCGCCGUUGUCUGAUGGUGGAGCGCCGAUUGAGGAAUAUCAAAUCGAGAAACGAACCAAAUAUGGAAGAUGGGAACCGGCGAUUAGUGUGGCGGGCGGGCAGACAACUGCCACAGUUCCGGAUUUGACACCGAAUGAGGAAUAUGAAUUCCGAGUUGUUGCUGUCAACAAGGGAGGACCGUCAGAUCCAUCGGAUGCGAGCAAAACUGUUAUUGCGAAGCCAAGAAAUUGUGAGUAGAUCUUUAUCCUGAACUUCAGAGUAACAAAAUUAUUUUUUUUUCAGUGAAACCACACAUUGAUCGCGACGCUCUUCACAAUCUCACAAUCAAGGCUGGCCAAUCAAUCACCUUCGAUGUUCCAGUUUCCGGAGAACCCGCUCCAACUGUAACCUGGCAUUAUCCAGAUGGCAGAGAGAUCCGAAACGGUGGCCGUGUCAAAUUAGACAACCCAGAUUAUCAAUCGAAGUUGGUUAUUCGACAAAUGGAACGAGGCGACAGUGGAACAUUCACAAUCAAGGCUGUCAAUCCGAACGGAGAAGAUGAGGCGACUGUGAAGAUCAACGUUAUCGACAAACCAACUUCACCGAAUGGUCCGCUUGAUGUUAUCGAUGUUGCCGCCGAUCAUGUUACCCUCGAUUGGCGCGCACCUGAUGAUGACGGUGGAAUUCCAAUCGAGAACUAUGUCAUCGAGAAAUACGAUACCGCAAAUGGUCGAUGGGUUCCAGCCGCAAAAGUUGCUGGCAAUCAAACCCAAGCUGUCGUCGAAGGUCUCAUUCCUGGACACGAAUAUAAAUUCCGAGUCGCGGCUGUCAAUGCAGAAGGCGAAUCUGAUCCAUUGGAAACCUUCGGAACAACUUUGGCCAAAGAUCCAUUUGACAAACCAGGAAAGACUGGCGCUCCAGAAGUCACUGAUUGGGACAAAGAUCAUGUGGAUUUGGAAUGGAAGCCGCCGGCAAACGAUGGCGGAGCACCGAUCGAGGAAUAUGUGGUUGAGAUGAAAGACGAGUUCUCACCAUUCUGGAAUGAGGUUGCUCAUGUUCCAGCUGGACAAACCAAUGCGACAGUCGGAAAUCUUAAGGAGGGAUCGAAAUAUGAGUUCAGAAUUCGUGCGAAGAACAAGGCUGGACUCGGAGAUCCGUCGGAUUCUGCUUCAGCUGUUGCCAAAGCCAGAAAUGGUGAGAUUUGAAUUUGGGUGGGGCUGGAUUGGGCUUUCAAUCCUAAAAAGGCUAAGCCUAUGGCUAAGCCUAUAGCUAUGGCUAAGCCUAUGGCUAUGGCUAAGCCUAAGCCUAUGGCUAUGGCUAAGCCUAUGGCUAAGCCUAUGGCUAUGGCUAAGCCUAUGGCUAUGGCUAAGCCCAUGACUAUGGCUAUGGCUAAGCCUAUGGCUAGGCCUAUGGCUAAGCCUAUGGCUAAGCCUAAGCCUAUGGCUAAGCCUAUGGCUAUGGCUAAGCCUAUGGCUAUGGCUAAGCCUAUGGCUAUGGCUAAGCCUAAGCCCAUGGCUAACCAAACCUUACUAAGCUAGAGCCUUGACCUAAACCUAAUAAGCCUAAGCCUUAUAAGCCUAAGCCCAAGCCCAACCUAAGCCUUGAACCUUCCCGAACAAUCCAACAACAUUAAUUUUUCAGUUCCACCAGUCAUCGAUCGCAAUUCGAUUCAAGAGAUCAAGGUCAAGGCCGGUCAAGAUUUCGCUCUCAACAUUCCAGUUUCCGGAGAACCAACUCCCGAAAUCACCUGGACAUUCGAAGGAACUCCAAUCGAAUCCGACGAUCGUAUGAAACUUGUCAACGAUGAUGGAAGAGUGAGUUGUUUUCCCGAAUUUUUUCCAGCCAAAAUGUCCCGAAUUUUCAGACAAAGUUCAAUGUGAAACGCGCUCUUCGCUCCGACACCGGAACCUACGUCAUCAAGGCACAAAAUGUGAACGGAACCGAUACAGCCGAAGUCAAAGUCAUCGUUCUCGAUCACCCAUCAAAUCCACGUGGACCUCUUGAUAUUGUCAACGUCACCAAGGAUGGUUGCGAUCUUGCGUGGAAGGAGCCUGAAGAUGACGGUGGUGCUGAGAUCAGUCACUAUGUUAUCGAAAAACAAGAUGCCGCAACUGGCCGAUGGACUGCUUGCGGUGAAAGCAAAGACACGAAUUUCCAUGUCGAUGAUUUGGCGCAAGGACAUGAGUACAAGUUCAGAGUCAAGGCUGUCAAUCGAUAUGGCGAUUCAGAUCCAUUGGAGGCUCGUGAACCGAUCAUCGCAAAAGAUCCAUUCGACAGAGCUGACAAGCCCGGAACUCCAGAGAUCACCGAUUGGGACAAAGAUCACGCAGAUCUCAAAUGGACUCCACCAGCCGAUGACGGAGGUGCGCCAAUCGAAGGAUAUCUUGUCGAAAUGCGCACACCAAACGGGGACUGGGUUCCAGCCGUCAAAGUCGGACCAGAUCAACUCACAGCCACUGUCGAUGGCCUGAAACCCGGGCAGACCUAUCAGUUCAGAGUGAAGGCUUUGAACAAGGCUGGAGAAUCGACACCGUCGGAUCCGAGUCGAACAAUGGUGGCGAAGCCGAGACAUUUGGCACCGAAAGAUCAAUCGAGAUAUGUUCAUCGCUCAACGAAUCCGCGCCGGGCAGACUCUUAACUUCGAUGUGAAUGUUGAAGGUGAACCUGCGCCGAAGAUCGAAUGGUUCUUGAAUGGAACUCCACUUCCAUCCGCCGGCAAAACUCACAUCGACAACAACACCGAUAACAAUACCAAAUUAACAACCAAGGAUACAGCUCGCGCCGAUUCCGGAAAGUACAAGAUUGUCGCCACCAAUGAAUCAGGAAGGGAUGAAUACGAGGUGGAUGUGAAUAUUUUGGACAUCCCUGGCGCACCCGAAGGACCUCUCCGUGCUAAAGAUAUCACCAAGGAGAGUGCCGUGCUUCAUUGGGACGAGCCUUUGGAUGACGGCGGUUCACCAAUCACAAAUUAUAUCGUCGAGAAGCAAGAAGAUGGUGGAAGAUGGGUUCCAUGUGGGGAAACAUCUGACACAUCGCUCAAAGUUGGCAAAUUGCAAGAGGGACAUGAGUACAAGUUCCGUGUCAAGGCCGUCAAUCGGCAAGGACAAUCCGCACCGCUCACUUCGGAUCAUCCGAUCGUCGCCAAGAAUCCAUUCGAUGAACCAGACGCGCCGACCGAUGUUACACCAGUUGACUGGGAUAAAGAUCAUGUGGAUUUGGAAUGGAAGCCGCCAGCAAAUGAUGGCGGAGCACCAAUCGACGCAUACAUUGUUGAGAAGAAGGACAAAUUCGGAAAUUGGGUUGAGUGUGCAAAAGUUGACGGAAAGACUACUAAAGCUACAGCGGAUAAUUUGACACCCGGCGAGACCUAUCAAUUCCGUGUCAAGGCUGUGAACAAGGCUGGACCUGGAAAACCAUCAGAUCCCACGGGAGAUGUGAUCGCGAAGCCAAGAAGAAUGGCACCGAAACUCAAUUUGGCUGGACUUUUGGAUUUGCGAAUCAAGGCGGGAACACCAAUCAAGAUGGAUAUCACUUUCGAAGGGUGAACCUGCGCCAGUCGCAGUUUGGAAGGCUAACGAUGCGACGAUUUCGACAGGAGAUCGAGCAGAUGUUACAAACACCCCAACAUCUUCAUCGAUUCAUAUCUUCUCCGCGGUUCGCGGAGAUACCGGUGUCUACAAAAUCAUCGUUGAAAACGAGCAUGGCAAAGAUUCCGCGCAAUGCAACGUCACAGUUCUCGAUGUGCCUGGAACUCCAGAAGGACCAUUGAAGAUCAACGAGGUUCACAAGGAGGGUUGCACAUUGAACUGGAAGCCACCAAUCGAUAAUGGCGGCUCCGAUGUUCUUCAUUAUAUUGUUGAGAAGAUGGACACGAGUCGUGGAACUUGGCAAGAAUGCGGAACAUUCCCCGACACAACUGCAAAGAUCAACAAACUUGUGCCAGGAAAGGAAUAUGCAUUCAGAGUUAAGGCUGUCAAUCUUCAAGGCGAAUCAAAACCAUUGGAAGCGGAAGAUCCGAUCAUCGCCAAGAAUCAAUUCGAUGUUCCAGAUCCAGUCGACAAACCAGAAGUGACAGAUUGGGAUAAAGAUCGUGUUGAUAUCAAAUGGGAGCCAACCAAGAAUAAUGGCGGUGCUCCAGUCACUGGAUAUAUUGUUGAGAAGAAAGAAAAGGGCAGUUCACUAUGGACCGAGGCUGGAAAAACAUCGGGAACAACAUUCAGCGCGAAUAAUUUGAAACCUGGCGUCGAAUAUGAGUUCAGAGUUGUGGCUGUGAAUGCAGCCGGACCAUCCGAUCCUUCCGAACCAACAGAUCCACAAAUCACCAAGGCACGAUAUUUGAAACCAAAGAUUUUGACGGCCAACAGAAAGAUCAAGAUCAAGGCUGGUUUUAGUCACAAUUUGGAGGUUGAAUUCGUCGGAGCACCUGAUCCAACAGCAACUUGGACACUUGGCGAUGCUGGAGCACCACUUGCACCAGAACUUAUUGUUGACGCAAAGAGUUCGGUCACUUCAAUCUUCUUCCCAUCGGCAAAGAGAUCGGACAGUGGAAACUACAAGCUCAAGGUUAGUAGCUCGGGGAAUUAGGUUAACUUGGGUGCGGCUGGAUUGGGAGUGAGCCUUAAUUCUAAUCCUAACAAGGCUAAGCCUAUGGUUAAGCCUAAGCCUAUGGCUAAGCCUAAUAAGCCUAAGCCUAACUAAGUUUUAACAAAGCUUUAAACAAAAAAGCCUUAAACUAAGCCUAAGCCUAUGACUAAGCCUAAGCCUAUGGCUAAAACCCCAAUAGCCUAAUAAGCCUAAGCCUAACUAAACCUAAGCCUGAGCCCGAAACUAGCAUUAACGAAGCCUAAGCAUAUUGUUAAGCCUAAAACUAUGGCUAAGCCUAAUAAGCCUAAGCCUAUUGUUAAGCCUAAAACUAUGGCUAAGCCUAAUAAGCCUAAAACUAUGGCUAAGCCUAAUAAGCCUAAGCCUAUAGUUAAGCCUAAGCCUAUGGUUAAGCCUAAAACUAUGGCUAAGCCCAAUAAGCAUAAGCCUAUGGUUAAGCCUAAGCCUAUGGUUAAGCCUAAAACUAUGGCUGAGCCUAAUGAGCCUUAGCCUACGUAAACCUACGCCUGAUCCUUAAACUAGACUUAACGAAGCCUAAGCCUAUUGUUAAGCCUAAGCCUAAAACCCCGGAGCAGGCGGUUAGCGCCCACGUCUCUGUUUUGAGGGUUUCAGGUUCGAGCCCGCCUCGCGACUAUUUUUUUUCGAUUUUUUUAAAAAUAUUCAAAAAAAAUAGUCGCGAGGCGGGCUCGAACCCGAAACCUUCAAAACAAAGUUGUAGACGCUAACCGUCUGCGCCGUUUGGUCAAGACACUAUUGCUCAUUUUUAAGCUUUUCAAAUUAAACCUGAUAAAUCUUACAGGUCAAAAACGAGCUCGGAGAAGAUGAAGGUGUGUUCGAAGUUAUUGUUCAAGAUCGACCGAGUGCACCAACCGGACCACUUGAAGUAUCAGAUGUCACCAAAGACAGUUGUGUAUUGGCGUGGAAACCACCAGCAGAUGAUGGCGGCGCAGAAAUCAGCAACUAUGUUGUCGAAAAACGCGACACCAAAACAAACACCUGGGUUCCAGUCUCAGCAUUCGUCACCGGAACCUCAAUCACUGUUCCAAAAUUGCAAGAGGGACACGAAUACGAAUUCCGUGUUAUGGCUGAGAAUUCGUUCGGAAGAUCGGAUUCAUUGAACACCGACGAGCCAGUUCUUGCCAAGGAUCCAUUCGGAACUCCAGGAAAACCAGGACGUCCAGAGAUUGUGGAUACUGAUAACGAUCAUAUUGAUAUCAAGUGGGAUCCACCAAGAGAUAAUGGCGGGUCGCCUGUGGAACAUUAUGAUGUUGAGAGGAAGGAUGUUAAGACUGGAAGAUGGAUCAAGGUUAAUACAUCGCCAGUUCAUGGAAAUGCUUUCUCCGACACCCGAGUUCAAAAGGGUCAUACCUAUGAAUAUCGUGUGGUUGCUGUCAACAAAGCUGGACCUGGUGCACCUUCAGAUCCAUCAGCUUCAGCUACAGCGAAGCCAAUGCAUGAAGCUCCAAAGUUCGACUUGGAUGUUGAUGGAAAGGAGUUCAGAGUCAAGGCUGGAGAACCGUUGGUGAUCGAGAUUCCAUUCACCGCUUCACCAAAACCAGACAUUUCCUGGACUGACGCGGCUGGUAAACAGAUUGCUGGCGUUGAAACAACUGACACUCAAACAAAAUUGGUGAUUCCCUCAACUAGAAGAUCGGAUAGCGGUCCAGUCAAGAUCAAGGCUGUUAAUCCAUAUGGAGAGGCUGAGGCCAACAUCAAGAUCACAGUUAUCGACAAACCGGCAGCUCCGGAGAACAUCACAUAUCCAGCUGUUACUCGUCACACUUGCACAUUGAAUUGGGACACACCGAAAGAUGAUGGAGGCGCAGAGAUCAGUGGAUAUCGCAUCGAAUAUCAAGAGAUCGGCUCGCAAAUCUGGGACAAAGUUCCUGGCUCGAUUUCCGGAAACAGCUACACAGUUCGCGGUUUGGAACACGGCCAACAAUAUCGCUUCCGCAUCCGCGCCGAGAACAUCGUCGGACUCUCCGAUUACUGUCAAGGACAUCCGGUGGUCAUCAAAGAUCCGUUCGACCCUCCAGGUGCACCAAGCACGCCGGAAAUCACUGGAUACGACAGCAAUAUGGUUGCAUUGUCGUGGAAUCCACCAAGAGAAGAUGGUGGCUCGCCGAUCAUUGGAUAUGUUGUGGAAAGAUUUGAGAAGCGUGGCGGUGGCGAUUGGGCACCAGUCAAGAUGCCAAUGAUCCGGGGAACUGAAUGUGUUGUGCCGGGGCUACACGAAAAUGAAACUUAUCAAUUCCGUGUACGCGCUGUAAAUGCCGCCGGUCAAGGUGAACCCAGUGGCGGAACCGAGCCAAUCACCUGCCGCCCGUAUGUCGAGAAACCAGGAGCACCAGAUGCACCAAGAGUCGGAAAGAUCACCAAGAACUCGGCUGAAGUUACCUGGAACAGACCACUAAGAGAUGGCGGUGCUCCAAUCGAUGGAUAUUACGUUGAGAGGAAGAAAUUGGGAGAUAAUGAUUGGGUGCGAUGCAAUGAUAAGCCAGUGAGAGAAACCGCGUUUGAAGUCAAGAAUUUGGGCGAGCGUGAAGAAUAUGAGUUCAGGGUUAUUGCUGUGAACUCUGCUGGCGAGGGAGAUCCAUCAAAACCAUCGGAUUUGGUGUUGAUUGAAGAGCAACCUGGUAGACCGUGCUUCGAUAUUACUAGCUUGAAAGAUAUCACUGUUCGAGCUGGGGAAACUAUCCAAAUUCGAAUCCCAUAUGCUGGCGGAAAUCCAAAACCAAUCAUUGAUUUGUUCAAUGGAACUUCACCGAUCUUCGAGAACGAUCGAACUGUUGUUGAUGUCAAUCCGGGAGAAUUGGUCAUCACAACAACGCACUCGAAGAGAUCCGAUGCUGGACCAUACAAGAUUUGCGCGUCUAACAAAUACGGAAAGGACACCUGCAAGCUCAACGUGUUCGUCCUCGACGCUCCGGGCAAACCAACCGGUCCGAUUCGAGCGACCGACAUCGAAGCCGAUGCGAUGACGCUCUCCUGGCGCCCGCCAAAAGACAACGGUGGCGAUGAGAUCACAAAUUAUGUUGUUGAGAAGAGAACACCUGGAGGUGAAUGGGUUAAAGUUGGACAUCCGGUUGGAACAUCAAUCCGUGUUCGAAACUUGGAUCCAAACACUCCGUAUGAGUUCCGUGUCCGCGCCGAAAAUCAAUAUGGAAUCGGAGAACCGUUGGAGACUGACGAUGCGAUUGUUGCCAAGAGUCCCUACGACACUCCAGGAGCUCCAGGUCAACCAGAAGCUAUUGAAACAUCGGAAGAAGCGAUUACACUUCAAUGGACAAGACCGACUUCUGAUGGUGGCGCUCCGAUUCAAGGAUAUGUUAUCGAAAAACGUGAAGUUGGAACUGGAGAAUGGACAAAAGCUGCGUUCGGCACAAUUUUGGACACAAAACACCGUGUUACCGGUUUGACCCCAAAGAAAACCUACGAAUUCCGUGUGGCUGCUUUCAACAUCGCUGGACAGGGUGACUAUAGUGAGAAUUCGGUGCCAAUCACCGCUGAUAAUGCUCCAACAAAACCACGAAUCAAUAUGAGCAUGUUGACCAGAGAUGUUUUGGCGUAUGCUGGAGAACGAGCCAAGAUUUUGGUGCCAUUUGCAGCUUCGCCAGCACCAAAGGUAGGGGGGAAACUGAAAUUUUUCAGGUUUUGGGCAUUUUUUGCGAGCUCGCAUUUGCGGCUGCGUGGUCGAGUGGUCUGCACUUCUGCCGACCGUUUGCAAAACCAGGGUUCGACCCCCACUGGUUGCUCAACAUUUUUAAUUUUUUUAUUUUCAUGAAUAAAAGAGCUGGCGAACCCUGGUUUUGCAAAAGGCCUAGGCCUAAGCCUAACUAAGCCCUAGCCUAACUAAGCCUAAGCCCUAGCCUAACUAAACCUACGCCUUAGCUUAACUAAGCCUAAGCCUAACUAAGCCUAAGCCUUAACUUAACUAAACCUAAGCCUAAGACUAACGAAGGAUAAGCCCACUUAAUCCUAAGCCUAACUAAGCCUAAGCCUAAGCCUAAACCCCAAAUGGCGCAGUCUAGAGCUUCGCUCAGCCUGCGCCUGAAACCAAUCAAGCCUUCUAAGCCUGUCUAACCAAGCCUAAGCCUUAGCCUGACCAAGACUAGUCCUUAGCCUAACAAUACCUAAGCCUAAGACUAACUAAGCCUAAGGCCUUAGCCUAACCAAGCCUUAGCCUAACUAAACCUAAGCCUCAGCCUAACUAAACCUAAGCCUAAGCCUUAGCCUUAAACCUAAGCCCAACCAAGCCUAACAAUACCUAAGCCUUAAGGUUUAGCCUAAAUAAGCCUUAGCCUAAGUCCAAUUAAGCCCCAGCCUAACCAAGCCUAAGCCUAACUAAGCCCAAACCUUAGCCUAAAUAAGCCUAAGCCUUAGCCUAAAUAAGCCUAAGCCUUAGCCUGAUGAAGUCUAAGCCUAACGAAGGCUGAGCCCACUCAAGUCUAAGCCUAACAAUACCUAAGCCUUAGCCUACCGAAGCCUAACCUUCUAAGGCUUAGCCUAACCAAGCCUAAGCCUAAGGUUUCGCCUAACUAAGCCUAAGCCUAAAAAGCCUAAAAGCCUACCUGAGGUCCCACUUUUUCACCUAAAAUUUUUCCGUUUACCAGCACACCGCAAAAAAAUGAAAUAAAUUGAAAUUUCGAAAAAAAAAAAUUUUUUUUUAUUUUUAUUUUUUUCCAGGUCACGUGGUCCAAAGGAGAAAACAAAAUUAGCGAGAAAGAUUCGCGCGUCAAAAUUGAAUACAACGAUUAUUUGGCAACGCUCACAAUCGAUAAGAGUGAAUUGAACGACGGUGGAUUGUAUUUCAUCGAACUCGAGAAUAGUCAAGGAAGUGACAGUGCCAGUAUUCGAUUGAAGGUCGUCGACAAACCGGCUCCACCACAAGGAUUGCGAGUUGAGGAUAUUUCACCCGAUUGUUGCACCCUUCUUUGGUUGCCACCAACAGCUGAUGGCGGUUCGCCGGUCACCAAUUACAUUGUUGAAAAACUUGAUCUUCGUCACUCGGAUGGAAAAUGGGAGAAAGUCUCGUCAUUUGUCAGAAAUCUCAAUUACACUGUCGGCGGUCUUGUCAAAGAUAACAGAUAUCGAUUCCGUGUUCGUGCUGAGAAUCAAUAUGGAACAUCGGAGCCUACUGAACUUGCCGAUCCGGUCACUGCCAAAUAUCAAUUCGAGGUUCCAAAUCAACCGGAACCACCAACGGUUCGGGAUAUGGAUUCGACGUGGGCUGAACUUGAAUGGGAUCCACCGAGAGAUGGAGGCUCGAAGAUUCUUGGAUAUCAAAUUCAAUAUCGAGAUACUUCAUCGGGACGUUGGAUCACAGCCAAGAUGGACCUGGUUGAACAAUGUCACGCUAAAGUCACCGGUCUUCGUGAAAACGGUGAAUACGAAUUCAGAAUCAUCGCCAAGAACGCGGCUGGUUUCUCAAAACCAUCUGGACCAUCAGACCGAUGCAAACUUCGCUCAAGAUUCGGACCACCAGGCCCACCAAGUCAAGUUGGCGCAAAAUCUAUUGGAAGAAACCACUGCACAAUCACCUGGGUUCCACCGCUUGAAGAUGGAGGCUCAAAGAUCACUGGAUACAACGUUGAAGUUCGCGAAUAUGGCAGCACUUUGUGGACAGUCACAAGUGACUACAAUAUUCGUGAUCUUGAGUACACUGUUGACAGACUUCGCGAGUUCAAUGAUUAUGAAUUCCGAGUUGUUGCGAUUAAUGCGGCUGGAAGAGGAAUUCCAUCUCUGCCAUCUGGACCAAUCAAGAUUCAAGAAGCUGGAGGAUCUCGCCCUCAAAUCGUUGUCAAACCCGAAGACACCGCUCAACCCUACAAUCGUCGUGCUGUAUUUGUUUGCGAAGCUGUCGGUCGACCUGAACCAACUGCAAGAUGGAUGAGAAAUGGAAGAGAGCUCCCAGAGAGUAGUAGAUAUCGAUUCGAGGCUAGUGAUGGUGUCUACAAGUUCACUAUCAAAGAAGUUUGGGAUAUUGAUGCUGGAGAAUAUACUGUGGAAGUUGCAAAUUCAUUUGGAACUGAUACCGCAACAGCUAAACUGAUUGUUCAAGCUCCACCAGUCAUCGAGAAAGAUGUGCCAAACACAAUUCUUCCGAAUGGCGAUCUAGUUCGUCUCAAGAUCUAUUUCUCCGGAACUGCACCAUUCAGACACAGCUUAACGUUGAACAAAGAGGAAGUCGAUCCAGAUCAUCCAACUAUUCGAACUGUCGAAUUCGACAAUCACAUCCUCAUCACAAUUCCAGCAUUAUCCGUCAGAGAAUCAGGAAGAUACGAAUACACCGUUUCUAACGAUUCCGGUGACGCUACAACCGGAUUCUGGCUCAAUGUCACUGGAUUACCCGAACCACCACAAGGCCCACUUCAUAUUAGCAACAUCGGCCCAUCGACUGCCACAUUAGCCUGGCGACCACCAGUUACAGAUGGUGGAUCAAAGAUCACAAAUUAUGUUGUGGAGAAGAGAGAUUUGAGCAAGGAUGAUUGGACGAUUGUUGCAUCGAAUGUUAAGGAUAUGAAUUAUAUUGUGACUGGACUUUUCGAAAAUCACGAAUAUGAAUUCCGCGUUUCGGCUCAAAAUGAGAAUGGUCAAGGCGCCCCAUUAGUUGGAGAACAUCCAAUCGUUGCUCGUCUACCAUUCGAUCCACCAACCUCCCCGUUGAACUUGGAGAUCACCCAAGUUGGCGGCGAUUACGUCACCCUCACUUGGCAACGUCCAGCGUCUGACGGUGGCGGUCGACUUCGAGGAUAUAUCAUUGAGAAGCAAGAGGAGGGACAUGAUGAAUGGUUCAGAUGCAAUCAGAAUCCAUCGCCACCAAACUCCUACAAUGUGCCAAAUCUCAUCGAUGGUCGAAAAUAUCGUUAUCGUGUGUUCGCUGCGAAUGAUGCUGGACUAUCGGAUCCCGCUGAAAUUGAUCUCACUCAAUUCCACUCAUCUGGCUCGGGAGAUGCUCCAAAGAUUAUCUCCGGGUUGAGCGAUUUGUCAGCGGAAACUGGAAGAUCUGUGACUUUCGAGUGCGAGAUCAGUGGAUCACCAAGACCAACUUAUAAAUGGUUCAAGGGAUGCAAAGAGCUUGUCGAUACCAGCAAAUACACUUUGAUCAACAAGGGAGAUAAACAAGUUUUGAUUAUUAAUGAUCUGACUUCGGAAGAUGCUGAUGAAUAUACAUGCCGUGCUACAAACACAUCUGGAACUAGAAGUACUCGAGCGAAUUUGAGAAUCAAGACGAAGCCUAGAGUCUUUAUCCCACCAAAAUAUCAUGGUGGAUAUGAAGCACAAAAGGGUGAAACCAUCGAAGUCAAGAUUCCAUACAAAGCUUUCCCACAAGGAGAAGCCAGAUGGAGCAAGGAUGGGGAAAAGAUCGAGAAUAAUUCGAAGUACAGUAUCACUACCGAUGAGAAAUUCGCAACUCUUCGAAUCUCAAACGCGAGUCGCGAAGAUUUUGGAGAAUAUCGAGUUGUUGUUGAGAAUUCUGUUGGAUCUGAUUCAGGAGUUGUUCAACUAACCGUCGCCGAUGUUCCAGAAUCGCCAAGAUUCCCAAUCAUCGAAAACAUUCUCGAUGAAGCUGUCAUUCUAUCGUGGAAACCACCAGCAUUGGAUGGCGGAUCUUUAGUCACCUCAUACACCAUCGAAAAACGCGAAGUCAACGGUGGAUCAUGGGAAGCCUGCGCAAAGAGCAGAUAUUCAUACACAACCAUCGAAGGACUUCGAGCUGGACGUCAAUAUGAAUUCAGAAUUAUCGCCGAGAACAAGCAUGGAGCAUCGAAACCGUGUGAACCAACGGCUCCAGUUUUGAUUGCGGGAGAUGCCAGAAAACGGCGACGCGCUUAUGAUGUUGAUGAACAGGGAAAGAUUGUUCGAGGUAAAGGACCGGUCUCGUCGAAUUAUGACAAUUAUGUGUUCGAUAUUUGGAAGCAAUAUUAUCCGCAACCAGUUGAGAUUAAACAUGAUCAUGUGCUUGAUUUGUAUGAUGUUCAUGAAGAAAUUGGAACUGGAGCUUUUGGAGUUGUUCACAGGUUUGUGGAAUAAUUUUUUUCCCGUUGGGGUGGGGAACCCUGGCAAGCGGCCUAAGCCUUAACAUAAUUAAGCCUAGGCCUAAGCCUGAUUAAUCCUUAGCCUAAUUAAUCCUAAGCCUAAACCUUAUCCAAAAUAAGCCUAAGCCUUAUCCCAAAUAAGGCUAAGCCUAAUCUAGGCUAGACCUUAGCUUAACUAAACCUAAACCUAAUUAAGCCUAGGCCUAAGCUUUAUCCAGAAAAAGCCGAAGCCUUAGCCUCAACCCAACUAAACCUAAACCUAACUAAGCCUAAGCCUCACUAAUUCUAAUCCUGACUAAGCCUAGGUCUUAGCCUAAAUCAGCUUUAGACUAACUAAGCCUUAACCUAAUUAAAUCUAAGCCUUAGCCUAACUAAUCCUAAGCCUGAUUAAGCAUAAGCCUAAUUGAGCCUAAGCCUUAGCUUAACUAAACCUUUUUUAGAUUAAGCCCAAGCCCUACCCUAACUAAGCCUGAACUUAAUGAAGCCUAAGCCUUAACCUAAUUAGGCCUAAGCCUAAGCCUGAUUUAUCAUAAGCCUAAUUAGACCUUAGCCUAAUUAAUCCUCUUCUUAUCCAAAACAAGCCUAAGCUUUAGCCCAAAUAAGGCUUAGCCUAAUCAAGGCUAGGCCUUAUGUUAGCUUAACUAAACCUGAACCUAAUUACGCCUAGGCCUAAACCUUACCCAGAAUAAGCCUAAGCCUUAACCUACCUAAGCCUAAGCCUAAUCUUUCUUCCAUAAAUCUUUCUUCCAUAAAAAAAGAUAAGAAAAACAUGUUGGGAGCUCAAGGAUCUACUAUUUGUUCGUUGAAUGGGUCUCGUCGCGAUGUGAUGCGCUGUGUGUUUGCGUUUUUCAUUUUUUACUUUUUUUUUUUCAUUUUUCCUUUUGUUUCUCCCCGUUUUUUUGUUUUGCGUGAAAAUUGCGAUUAUAUAGUUGAACUGCUAUCUCAAGUUUUACAUUCAGUCAGAGUUUUCUCUCUCGCAACCUGGUUUUAGGCGCCGCGGUGCUUUUCAAUCAAUAUGAUUCGAAAAAGGCACAAAAUGAGUGUUUUAAUUUAGCAAAUUACAAUUUAUUGUUUGUUCAUAUCUUUUGCGUCUAGCAGCUUCAAAUAAAAGGUAGGAAAAUGAGCUGUUUCGAGUAUUUUCUUGAAAUUUUUCCUCUGAAAUCGCAGAUCCUAGAAGGAAACCUAUUUUUGCAGCUUUUUUUGCAGAUGAACUGAAAUAAUGUCUUAGUCAUUCAACUACUUAUAGGAAGUUUUUAUUCAAUCCGAUUUGAAUCGCAUUUUCGUUAGUUUUAGAUAGGAAACGCUGUAGGAUGUUACCAAACAUCGAAAAAACUCAGAAUUAGAGACAAUUACAACUUUUUGAAGCUUUUCCAUAGAAAACUAAGCAGAUAGUGCUCAUUUAUAAGAACAACGUCGCCCUCAGCAGCUUUCAAUAAGUAUUAUCACUUCACAGAAAGCUGCGUUUUUCACGAUAACGUUUCUAUUCUGCGCAUUUUACUUUGAUUACCGUCAUAGAACAACAGCAAUUAAUUUUUCUUUUUGUGAACUCGUGAGAUCGUAAAAUUUUAUUUCUUAUAAAGCCAUACUUCAAACUUGAUGACAAACAUUAUUUCAGCGCAGAAACCACUCGUGGCGCUGGAAACUCGACACGUGGAAAACCAAUGUAAGUUUUUUUUCUAAAAUAAUUCUUCAAUUCUUCAAUAAUCAAAAUUUCUUCUAUUGAUUUGAAAAUCAAAAAGUUAUUUCUAGAUUAAUUUGUCAAUAAUCGCAUUUUCUGCCAUCAUGAUAGAAAAAUUGACGAUAAAAGCGAAAUCUUUUAAAUUGAAUAAACUAACAAGCAAUGUGACUCCCUGAAAAAGUUCGGUUUUAUGUUCAAAUAGUCUUAUGGGGAGUUAUGAAAAACCCAAAGGGUAUUUUGUAAGUGAAAAUUCCUUUAAUGAGAAUCCAGAAGUUGAAAUUCUGUUUUCAACAAUUUUCAAAAGAAAAGAUAAAACGUUCUAUUAAUGAAAAUCCGUAAUUCAGUUCAAACUCAACGAAAACACUCGAUCAAAACCGCAUUUUGAAGCUUGGGUGGGUGGAUCUUUUGAAUUGUUUUUUUGAGCGCUAUUAUCUAUAAACCUUUGAAUUUGAUACAUGAAAAAAAUUCUAAUUAUUUUUCGAAAAAAAAGCGCUCCACAACAAUUGAAAAGGGGGCAAUUCAAGCUUCAAAACGCGUUUUUGAUCGAAAUGUUUUGUUGCGUUCGAGCUGAAUUACGAACCUUGAAAAAUAUAAUGUUUUUUGACUUCUUGAAAAUUGUUCAGAAUUCCAACUUCCUGAUUCUCAUGAAAUACAUUUUUACUUACAAAAUCCCUAUUGGGUUCGUCAUAACUUCCCGUAAGACACUAUUCAAACAUACAACCGAACUUUUUCAGGGGGUCACAUUGGGAUCUAUUCCUUGUAAAAAUGAACUGGAGAACCAUUAUCCAAAAUCAGAAAACUAAAAAUAAAUCGUACGAAAGUUUUUUAGCAUGUAAUUUUCCCUGUUGGUGAUCCAUCUCAUUUCAAGAUCAAUGUCGGAAAACCUUGCAUUUUUCGAAAAAAAAAUUCCGUCAUAGUGAGAAUUUUUCCAUAUCAUUUCACUUUUAAAAAUUUCAAUAAUUUUCAUGAAACAAAAUCAAAAGUUCCUCGAUCUUCUAAAAUCAUUUCUUUCGCUCACAUUGCUUGAAAACCUGUUCCGAAUUUCAUGUUUAGAUUCAUUUAGAAAGUUAAGUUCUAUUCUUUAUCGAAUGCUUCAGAAGCAAUAAUUUAUGAAAUCAGAAAAUCGCUGAAAAUCGCCCCGCCCCAUUAAAGUUAUAUUUUGUUUAAAAAGAAAUUUCCGAAAACAAAAAUUAUUAUUAUUCAAGAGAAUUACCCAAUCGAAAAUUUUGAAAAUACUGAUUUUUCGUUUUUUUUCAAACUGCUUUUUGGACGACAUUUUUAUUUGACAGAGUUUGGAAUUCGGUAUGAAUAUACAAUUCAUAAUCAUAAUUAAAGCAAUAAAAAUCAGAAAAAAACAAUGCUUCCGCCAGUUUUUACAUUCGAACAGUGAUAAUUUUUUAAGGCGAUGUUGCAGAUGAGUUUCUCCUCCGAGGAGAAAUGAGGAGAAAUGGGGCGAAAUUCGAAAAAUACAUUGUUUCGCCUCCACCUGCAACACGUUUCUCCUCUUUCUCCUCAAAUAGCUCGGGGGAGAAACUAAUCUGCAUCAUCGCCUAACCAACAAACAACUAUUAUUAACAUCUACGUCAAACAUUUUUAAUUAAAUUCCAAUUUUCACUUUUGAAACUGGAUUCAAAAUUUUGUUCAAAAAUCGACAUGAUUGACUCAAAAAAUUUUAUACUUUCAACUGUUGAUCUCAUUGCUAAAUUCAAAAUAAAUAUCACCACGAAACAGGAAUUUUUUAAACAAAAAUCCUAGGUCUCUGAAAAAAACUUCUGAAACCCAUAAUUUGGAAAUAUGUGAAAGUUUUUCACUCGAAAUGAUGAAUCUCCGAUAAAAAGUUCAAAUUUCAAACUUUAGAAUAUUUUUCUAUCAAUUUCAUUGUAAAACAUCGUUCAAUUUCAAAACCAACAAACUUUGAUCCAAUUUCUAGAGCCUAAAAUAAGCAUUCAACUCCAAAUAUAAAAAAAGAUCAAACUAAAAAAAUCAAAAUUGUAAAAUUUUUAAAAUAAUUUUCAAUUGUAAAUCAAAAUUCAAUUUCCAAACCAACAAACAUUGAUCCAAUUUCUAGAGCCUAAAAUAAGCAUUCAACUCCAAAUAUAAAAAAAGAUCAAACUAAAAAAAAUCAAAAUUGUAAAAUUUUUAAAAUAAUUUUCAAACUAAUCUAGCAAGGUAAGAAAAAUACAUAUAAUCUUCUUUCGUUCUCAUAUGAAUAGGAAAAACCUUCCUAAAUAAAUGACUAGAAAUGUGAUUAUGCCUAUAAGUUGAAAACCUCCCGAAAUCCGUUUAAAGAUUUCCAUAAACUUGUUUCAGGUUUAUAAUAAUUCUAUUUUUAACACCAAAAACGAAAGAUUUAAAUAGCGAACCCUAAAAUUUUUUCAUGUGAUUGAUUUUCUGAAAAUAUAAAAUUGAAUGAGCUUGAUUUCGAAAAUCAGGGUUCAUGAAAUGAUCUAUAUCAAAGUAAAAAAAUGCCAAAAAUGAGGGGGCAAAAUUUUUUCAUUCCAAAAACUCUCCGACACAGUUUCAAUUUUUACCUAACAAUAAAUUCCAAAUUAUCGACUAUAUAAAAUUUCAAUGAAAUCAUUAUUUUUUCAUAUGUAUUAUCUAUCAAUAAUUUUCAGGUCUCGCCCUCAACAACUACAUGCACACGCAACACUGGGAUAUUCAACAUAGUGGUAAUUUUUAAUUUUUGCUUUAUUUUCAAUAAAUUUUAUGAAAUCACUAUUUUUGAUAAAUUUUUAUUGUCAAUCCGAAAAAUAAGCACCUUGGAAUAGAACCAAAAAUGGUCUAGAAAUCCAAAGCUACAGUAGACUUCGCAAAAUUUUAGAGUUUAUUUGAAAAAUAAAAUCCGAAAUUUACACUGGCAAACCAGUUUGAUAAGUAAUUUUUAUUCUACUGUACGUGAAAGACAAUUCAAACAGGGGAUAUUUUUUUCGGUUUGACAAUACUUGGAAUGUAUUAGUUUCUACGUUUCACUCGCUCACGUGAACUGUGAGGAAUUUGAAUUCAUGCCUGGAAUGAGUACACCGUGAAGUCGUGAUUUUCGAGCCUUUUAAAAACCACAAAUAUCGUAAAAACUUCUCGGCACUAAACGGCAAACUAACUUUGAAGAGGUUUUCAGAGAAGGGGUUUUCAAAAUAUGUAAUUUUGAAGGCUUGAAGUAAUAAUCAAAGUUGUUUUCAGAAGUAGCUAGGGUUCAGAAUGUCAAGCGUAAUCUGAAUCGUACUAUUAAGUUUUAUGUAAAGUGAAAAUAUUCAACACCUGGGAGCAUAACAUUUUAACUUGGCUAACUUUCUACAAAGCAUUCCCAGAUUUCAGCAAAAAUGUGGGGAAAAGGGUUAACUUUGAUAAUUUUUCAAUGAGCGAGCCUAUCCGAGAAAGUUAGCUUGAAUAAACUAUCUUAUGUUCGAAUAUGUAACAAAUUAUUCCAUGGAGCAAGGCUUAGUAUUAGUAUGGGCCGAAGGCCCAGACUCAGAUUAGGCUUAGGCUUAGUAAGGGCUGAAGGCCCCGACUCCGACCAGGCUUAGGCUUAGGCUUAGUAAGGGCCGAGGCCCAUACUCAGAUUAGGCUUAGGCUUAGGCUUAGUAAAGGGCCGAAGGCCCAGACUCAGAUUAGGCUUAGGCUUAGGCUUAGUAAGGGCUGAAGGCCCCGACUCCGACCAGGCUUAGGCUUAGGCUUAGUAAGGGCCGAAGGCCAGACUCAGAUUAGGCUUAGGCUUAGGCUUAGUAAGGGCCGAAGGCCCAGACUCAGAUUAGGCUUAGGCUUAGGCUUAGUAUGGGAGCCGAAGGCCCACCCUCAGAUUAGGCUUAGGCUUAGUAAGGGCCGAAGGCCCAGACUCAGAUUAGGCUUAGGCUUAGUAAGGGCCGAAGGCCCCGACUCCGACCAGGCUUAGGCUUAGGCUUAGUAAGGGCCGAAGGCCCAGACUCAGAUUAGGCUUAGGCUUAGGCUUAGUAAGGGCCGAAGGCCCAGACUCAGAUUAGGCUUAGGCUUAGUAAGGGCUGAAGGCCCCGACUCCGACCAGGCUUAGGCUUAGGCUUAGUAAGGGCCGAAGGCCCAGACUCAGAUUAGGCUUAGGCUUAGGAAACCCAGUAAGGGCCGAAGGCCCAGACUCAGAUUAGGCUUAGGCUUAGGCUUAGUAAGAGCCGAAGGCCCAGACUCAGAUUAGGCUUAGGCUUAGGCUUAGUAAGGGCCGAAGGCCCAGACUCAGAUUAGGCUUAGGCUUAGGCUUAGUAAGGGCCGAAGGCCCAGACUCAGAUUAGGCUUAGGCUUAGGCUUAGUAAGGGCCGAAGGCCCAGACUCAGAUUAGGCUUAGGCUUAGGCUUAGUAAGGGCCGAAGGCCCAGACUCAGAUUAGGCUUAGGCUUAGGCUUAGUAAGGGCCGAAGGCCCAGACUCAGAUUAGGCUUAGGCUUAGGCUUAGUAAGGGCCGAAGGCCCAGACUCAGAUUAGGCUUUGGCUUAGUAAGGGCUGAAGGCCCCGACUCCGACCAGGCUUAGGCUUAGGCUUAGUAAGGGCCGAAGGCCCAUGCUAUGUAUACUCAGUAUGAAUAUGGUGUGAAUGAAACUUUUUUUUACUAAUUUCGCGUCAAAUAAACAGAUUGUUAUGGCAGGGUGGUGACUGAUCAAGUUUGAACAGAACGCACAAGGUCCACUAGUUAAUCCUAAGCCUAACCAAUUUUCAACAAUUCCAGAGUCACUGAACGUGCAACCGGCAACAAUUUCGCCGCCAAAUUCGUCAUGACUCCCCACGACGCUGACAAGGAAACCGUCCGCAAGGAAAUCCAAACAAUGUCAGCCCUUCGCCACCCAAAACUCGUCAAUCUCCACGACGCUUUCGAAGAUGAAAAUGAGAUGGUUAUGAUCUACGAAUUCAUGAGCGGUGGUGAACUCUUCGAAAAAGUCGCCGAUGAACAUAAUAGAAUGACUGAAGAUGAAGCAAUUGGAUAUAUGCAACAAGUUUGUAAGGCUCUCUGUCAUAUGCAUGAACAGAAUUAUGUUCAUUUGGAUUUGAAACCAGAAAAUAUCAUGUUCACCACAAAAAGAUCGGAUGAAUUGAAAUUGAUUGAUUUCGGAUUGGCCGCCCAUCUCGACCCCAAACAAUCAGUCAAAGUCACAACUGGAACAGCAGAGUUCGCCGCGCCAGAAAUCGCCGAAGGCAAACCAGUCGGAUACUACACAGAUAUGUGGAGUGUCGGAGUUCUCUCCUACAUCCUUCUCUCUGGAUUAUCACCGUUCGGUGGAGCCAACGAUGAGGAAACGUUGAAAAAUGUGAAACGCUGUGAUUGGAAUAUGGAUGAUUCGGCGUUUUCGAGUAUUUCGGAUGAUGGAAAAGAUUUCAUUCGCAGACUUUUGCUCGCCGAUCCAUCAACCAGAAUGACAAUUCAUCAAGCUUUGGAACAUCCAUGGUUGUCAUCUCGAAAUGUUGCUGGAAGAGACGAGCAGAUUCCAAGCAGCCGGUACACAAGGAUCCGCGAAUCAAUUCGUCAGAAAUACGAUGCUUGGCCAGAACCACUUCCACCACUCGGAAGAAUUUCGAAUUAUUCUUCUUUGUGCAAACAUCGCCCGCAAGAAUAUUCGAUCCGCGACGCGUUCUUCGAUCGAUCCGAAGCGCAACCAAGAUUCAUUAUCAAACCAUAUGGAACUGAAGUUGCUGAGGGACAAUCUGCCAAUUUCUACUGUCGAGUUAUCGCAUCUUCACCACCAGUUGUAACAUGGCAUAAGGAUGAGAGAGAAUUAAAGCAGAGUGUGAAAUAUAUGAAGAGAUAUAAUGGAAAUGAUUAUGGUUUAACGAUUAAUCGUGUGAAAGGAGAUGAUAAGGGUGAAUAUGUGGUUCGGGCGAAGAAUUCCUAUGGAACUAAGGAAGAGAUUGUGUUCCUGAAUGUGACUCGAACUUCAGAACCCCUCAAAUUCGAGCCGCUUGAACCUAUGAAACGAGCACCAAGUUUGCCAAAGGUUGAAGAAUUCAAAGAGAAAAGAUCCGCACCGAAGUUCACAUUCCAUUUGAGACAUCGAUUGAUUCAGAAGAAUCAUCAAUGUAAAUUGACAUGUUCAUUGCAAGGAAAUCCAACACCAAAGAUCGAAUGGUCAAAAGAUGGAUAUCCAGUGGAUGAAGAUCGAGUUCAAGUAUCAUUCCGAAGUGGAGUUUGUUCAUUGGAGAUUUUCAACGCAAGAAUCGACGACGCUGGAACUUAUACUGUCACAGCUACAAAUGAACUUGGAACUGAUGUAUCGGAAUGUGUGAUAACUGUGCAAACCAAGGGAGGAGAACCGAUUCCAAGAGUUUCGUCGUUUAGACCAAGAAGAGCUUAUGAUACUUUGUCGACUGGAGAUGUUGAAAGAUCACAUUCCUAUGCUGACAUGAGAAGAAAAUCAUUGAUUCGAGAUGUGUCACCAGAUGUCAGAUCAGCUGCUGAUGAUUUGAAAACCAAGGUAUUCUUAUAUUUAUUUUUAAAUUUACAAAUUUACAAUUAUUAUAUAAGCAAAAAAAAUAAGUGACCGUACCCUUCGUUUUUGUCGCGACGAGACACAAACCUUCAAAAAAUCGAUGCGCCUUUAAUUUUCAUCGAAAAAAGGCCGGCUAUUACCGGUCAAAAGGGAUUUAGAACAAAUCUAAAGAUGAAUUUACUUCAUUUUCGCAAUUUUGAAGAGGAAAACGGGUUUUCUUCUAUAAAGUAAAUACUUAAAAAUCUCCUUUCAUAGUAUUUUCUGCUUUAAACAGAGUCAUUUUUCAUUUUUGUUAUCAAUUUGGUUGAUUUCUGCCUUUUUUUCAUGCGGAAACAUCGAAAACCUCGAAGAUCCGAAAAAAAAAACAAAAAACACCGUAGUUUUUGAAAGACGCAGCACCCGAAACACACACAGGGUCUCGUCGCGAACGAGAGGGGGAAGAACUACGGUAGAUAUUUUUUCGAAAUAAUUAUUUUUUUUUGCACACACAAAUAAUAACAUUAUUGAUUUCAGGUGACAAAUGAACUUCCAUCAUUCACACUUCAACUCAGCGAUGCUCUUGCUGAUGUUGGAGGAUCGGCUGAAUUUUCAGCCGAAGUAUCAGGACAACCAGAACCACUUAUUGAAUGGCUUCACAAUGGAGAACGGAUAGGAAGUGAUUCGCGAUUUAAAACAUUGUUCAGUUCUGGAAGAGCAACACUAAGGAUAUCUGACAUCACAACAUCGGAUGAAGGACAAUAUCUAUGUAGAGCAUCAAAUUCAGCUGGACAAGAGCAAACCAGAGCAAAUUUGAGUGUUCGCAACACUGAAACACCGCUGACCAAUGGGCACGCUGAAAGUGAAUUGAAGAUUGGAAAACAUCUCGGUGGCCAGGUGGCCAAUGUUGGUGAAUCGGUGACUUUUGAAGCGCGUGUCGAAGGAAAUGCCGAGGAUAUUUUAUGGAUGAGAAAUGGACAAGAAUUAGUAGAUGGAGACAAGACAAGUAUCACACAAAAUGGUGAAUCAUACAAAUUGGUAAUUAAUUCGGCUGAAGCCUCGGAUGCUGGACAUUAUCAACUUGAAGUUCGAUCAAAGGGAACCAAUUUAUUAUCAGUCGCCUCGUUAGUAAUUAUUGAAGAAGAUGGAAGUGUAGCUGAUCCGCCAGUCACUCGACUUCCAACUUCAGUUUCGGCUAGUAUUGGAGGACAAACAUCGUUUAGUGUGGAAUUUGAAAAUGUUGAUGGAUUGACUGUUCAAUGGUUCCGUGGAUCGGAAAAAAUUGAGAAGAACGAACGGGUCAAAUCGGUCAAAUCUGGAAACACUUUCAAACUAGAUUUCAAAGUGAGUUUGCGGAUUUGGGCGCCAAAAUUAUGAUGAAAUUUGAAAUUUUUGCCAAAAAUUUCAGAUUUUCUUGAUUUUUUGCUGAAAAUCCAGUUUUUCCUCGACCCAAAAGCAAGAAUUUGCUAGAUUUCAAGCUUUCGGGUUGAAGAAAGGCUGAAAACCCCAGAUUUUCUUGAUUUUUUGCUGAAAAUCCAGUUUUUCCUCGACCCAAAAGCAAGAAUUUACCAGAUUUCAAGGUUUCCGGUUGAAGAAAGGCUGAAAAUUCCAGAUUUUAUUGAUUUUUGGCUGAAAAUCCAGUUUUUCCUCGACCCAAAAGCAAGAAUUUCCAGAUUUCAAGCUUUUGGGUUGAAGAAAGGCUGAAAAUCUCAGAUUUUCGCUGAAAAUCCAGUUUUUCCUCGACCCAAAGGCAAGAAAUUCCAGGUUACAAGCUUUCGGGUUGAAAAAAAGCUGAAAAUUUCAGAUUUUCUUAAUUUUGGCUGAAAAUCCAGUUUUUCCUCGACUCAAAAACAAGAAUUUCCAGAUUUCAAGCUUUUGGGUACAGGAAAAGCUCAAAAAUUUCAAAUUUUACAAAAAAAAGUCAUUUUCUUUAAAAAAAACAAAAAAACAAAAACCCUUGCAUCGAGUAGGAGUCGAACCUGGGUGCGUUGCGUGGGGAUCUAUCGUCUUGCCUGCUGCGCUACGCCACACAUUUUGGAAACAGGCUAAAAUUUCAAAGACUAUAAAACUGAUGCGCGCGCUGAAAUUACAGGUGUCAAAAAAAAAUUUAGUCAAAUUUUAACAAUUUUCGACCGGAAACCUUCGCAAGCUCUCUUUCAACCCUAAUUUCAUCCUAAUUUCAGUCAAUCGAACAAGACGACGACGGAAUUUACGUGGCAAAAGUGGUGAAGGAAAAGAAAGCCAUCGCCAAAUACGCCGCCGCCCUAUUACUCGUCUAA